AUAUUAUCUUGACAAUUACAGCACGGAAACCAUCUUCGUUCUUGUCUUCCACGCUCUCACUUUACUUUCAGAUCUUUCCGUCGAUCUCUUCGAAAUUCGGGGCGAGGUCUGGUCAGCGGGUGGCCGAGGGCUCUAAUGGCGGGCGGAGUGAACAGGAAGAUUUCGGCAGCUUCUGCCAGAGCUCAUACAAGGAAAGCUAAGAGGAGCAGUUCCCCGAUUUCUUCAGGAUUGAUAAGGAAUAUAGUAGUGCUGCUCUUUUUUGGGUUCUUGGCCUGGGGUUAUCAGGCAAUCCAGCCUCCAGCACCAAAAAUAUGUGGCUCCCCCAAUGGCCCCCUUAUCACAGCACCAAGAAUAAAGCUUAGAGAUGGGAGGUAUUUGGCGUAUAAGGAGCAUGGGGUUCCAAAAGAUUCAGCUAAAUACAAAAUCAUUUUUGUCCAUAGCUUUGCUUCUUGCAGACACAAUGCCAUCGUUGCAAAUACCAUCUCUCCAGACAUAAUUGAAAAUUUAGGAGUCUACAUUCUAUCGUUUGACAGAUCUGGUUAUGGAGAGAGUGAUCCAAAUCCAAAACGAACUGCAAAAACCAUUGCUUUUGAUAUAGAGGAGCUAGCUGAUCAAUUGGGACUAGGGUCGAAAUUCUAUGUCAUUGGAUUUUCCAUGGGUGGCCAGGCAGUUUGGAGCUGUCUAAAGUAUAUUCCUAACAGGCUAGCAGGGGCAGCGCUAUUGGCUCCAGUUAUUAACUACUGGUGGCCUGGGCUCCCUGCAAACGUAACAAAUGGAGCCUUCUACCAACAGUUUCAGCGGGAUCAGUGGGCAGUUCGUGUUGCUCACUAUACCCCCUGGCUUACCUACUGGUGGAACACACAAAGAUGGUUUCCUUCUUCUAGUGUUAUUGCAACUAGUCCUGACAAUCUAUCUCGUCAAGACAAAGAACUCCAGUCCAAGCAAGUGGGAACGAAAGAAUGUGAGGCUAUCUUUAGCCAACAAGGAGAACACGAGUCGAUCCACCGGGACAUGAAUGUCGGAUUUGGGAAAUGGGAAUUCAGCCCUGUGGAUCUGGAGAACCCAUUCCCAGAAAAUGAAGGUUCAGUCCAUUUAUGGCAUGGGGAUGAAGACAGGCUCGUGCCUGUAACACUCCAACGUUACAUUGCCAAACAGCUUCCUUGGAUUCAUUAUCACGAGGUAGAGGGUGGUGGUCAUAGGUUUCCCUAUGCUGAUGGCAUCUCUGAAUCCAUCAUUAAAGCUCUUCUUCUCAACCAGAAAUAGGCUUUUUAUUAUGUCUUCUGCUGAGGUUGGUGGUCCUUCAUUACUCCAUUUUUUGUCUCUCAUCUUUGCUACAUUAUUUUUAUGCUGUUGCUGUCUUCAUUUGGCUGCAUGGAGUUUUGUUUUUAUUUUGAGAUGAUAAUGGAUACUUCUCUCCAGUUCUACCCCUA